GCGUUUUUUGUGUAAUAAAAGUCUAUUCCGUAAUUUUUUUUACCACGUGUGAAAAUUGUCCUUUGUUUCUCGUUUUGGGUAAUGCAAAAUAUCAUCAAGACAUGGAUGCCUGACAAACAUGCCCGCGAAAGGUGUAGCAAUGACGAAUAUGUCAACGACUCACAGCAGGAGUUGCGAUUGCGGUGGGCGCAUUGACACUGAGCCGGUGUGCCGACGAUGUCGCCAUCGCACGCAGAAUAUCGCGAGAAGCUAACCGCUUUCCUAGUGGUAGACAAGACCUGCUUUCCUAGUGCAAUCUGCGACGAGUUUAGGAAAAGGAAUCUCAGCUGAUCAUAAAACAGAGGCGCCACGAAUUUUACCGACCAUUCUUGCGUCGGUAAAAUGCGUAUGUGAUUGAGGAGUAGUUGGCGAGAAAACUACGACCCUUUUCAUCUUCUUUUCCGUGUUGUUUGUUUGUUUGUUUGUUUCCGUGCGAGCUGAAUCUCGAACAGCGACCACAGUCUCGUAGAGGGAACUGACAAUUACUUGAGAACCUGAAUUUUGUUCUAGUAGCAGUCUCUGUCCUAGUAAAACCCAGCGUGAACAAGCGGAAGGACACAGGGUUUCUCAAAGCGACCUUUUCAGAAUGAAUCCGUAUAAUUCGAAACCGGUUUGCGUCACGCGUUUAGA